GUUAUCAAAAUCGACGCCGGCAAGUCUCUCGAGUCUUAAAUUUUGCAAAAUUUAAGCGUUAAAACCACUUUAAAACACAAAAAAUCCAUUGAAAAACGCAAAAACAUGGAAACAACUCCCAAAAGUGCUAAAAAUCCGUACAAACCCGCACUGUGCAAGAUCGAAAAUGACUACGAAAAGAAGGUUCGCGAAGAAAUUUUCGACACGGGCGAAUUUGCGGAUGUUGUCUUCCUCGUUGGUGCCGAAAAGCGUCCCUUCAAGGCACAUCGCUUCGUACUGAUCACAUCUUCGUUGAAAUUCAAGCAAAUGAUGGAUUUGCACAAAGACCUCGAGAAGCCGAUCAUCAUCGAGGAAGUCGAACCGCAGAUUUUUGAGCAAUUAUUGCAAGUAAUUUAUUUGCAUCGUUUGGAGCUCUAUUCGUUCGAAAAUGCGAUGAUUUGCUCGAAAGUGUUUGAGGAUUUUGGUUUGGCAGCCGCUGUUAAAGAGUGUCAAGCAUAUUUGAAGCAACCGAUCGAAAUUACGACGGAAAAUGCCAUCACUCUGUUCGAGAUGAAUCGUGAAGUGCCCGAACGCGCCGAAACUGUCGAAGAAUGCAUCAAAUUAUUUUGCUUCCAAACGCAUGAAAUUCUCAAAUCGGUUGGAUUUUCCCGAGCUCAUGCCUCGACACUUGCUUUCAUCUUCGAUUUGCCUCAUUUGACGAUCGAUUCGGAAUUGGAUCUCGUGAACGCCCUGUGUCAAUUCGCCGAGAUGCAUGGCGCGCUUCCCGCUCAUAACGAGGAUGGGCGCGAAGAUCAUUUCAAGGAAUUAGUUCGUCCUGCGCUCGAAAAAGUUCAUUUUCUGGCCUUAACUCCCAAAGAAGUCGUCAAAAGUGCGGCAAUUCGUGCUUUGUUGUCCGAUGCAGAAGUCGCCGGUUUACUCGCAACCUUGAUUUGCCCCGAAAAUGAACUCUACAAACUGCCAGAAGGAUUUUCCACAGCUACAAAUGAUCGGGGCUUCGCAAAAUGCCCUCGUUUCGCAGAUGCAAGUCACGAAACAACAUUGCCCGGGUUCGCAAAUACCGCAGAAAUCGAUAGUCAAUUGACGGAAAAGACAGCGCAAGGGUCUGUUGAUUGGACUCCGUCGAAAAUUAUGGCGCAAGGCGACGACGAGACAUCCGGAGCUGGCACAUUGGAAACUGGAAAUCCAAUUGGAUUGAAUUCGACGCAAGAUUCGUCGGUUUUUGCUGCGGAAAAUGAGACUUUGGCAUCAGAUAAUUUUGAAUGUUGGAAAAUCCCAUCACUCAUAAAAGUCAGAAGUCGUGAUUAUUUGCAAAGAAAAUCAAAGUCUGUAGCAGAAUUUAACAUCGUUGGUACUAAAUUUUGUAAAUUACGUCACAAGAAACGCAAACAGGAGGAGAAAAAUUUGCCUUUAAAGAAGCGAAGUCGUCUUCCAAGUGAAAAAUCAACCUCAAACCCGCUUGAUUUCAACGAAGAAUCCCUUUUAGUCGUUGACGAACCUCCAGAAUUAGAAGAAAUGCAAGAAAUUUCUCCCUCAACUCCUUCCAUGAACAUGACUGACGACGAUUUGCUCAAAUAUUUGGUGACUUUUCGCCUGCAAAAUGCCAUCGCGUGGGCCGAAAAGAAGCCUUUCACGUUGUAAUCUCUCGAAAAAACGUGAUUUUUUUUCUUAAUUUAACAUUUAUUAUUAUCUCUUAUCACUGGAAUACCUGAUAAAACGUCCCAACAAACAAAAAUCGAUCUUUUUGUAUGCAUUUAACUUACAAUAUAUUUAUAAAACAAUCGUAACAUGAGUUUUCAAUAAAAUUUCUUUAAGCUUAAAAGGGAGG